UGGUCUGUUUUCUGGCAGAAGUUGGUUACAAAAAGGUGCGCGUUUCUAGGGAGAUAGUUAGAGAGGAAGAGUUCUUGCUUGGAGGAAGAUGUGAAAGACGAGGUCUUUUCAGGAAAGCAUGAGAGAGGGGAACGAUGAAAGUAUGAUGAAAGAUCCCAGUGGUUUGUAUGAUGGAAGGACUGGGAAAGGAGAGACCCAUAUGCAGCUCAAGACCCUUCCCAUGGCUCAGUCACCCCAAAACAGAGGCCUCAACCCUGCUAUGGAAACUCAAAGACUGUUUCUCCACCAGUGAGACAACCUCCCUUCAUCAGACUGAUCGAGAAAACAAUUACAUGGACAACAGAAAGGCUGUGCUGGAACUGAAAGAUGUCCCUCCUCCUCCGCAACAUACUUCCUCCUCUCAGCUAUCCCAACCCUUCUCUCGUGCCCCUCUCCCCUUGCCUCCUCCCUGCUUGCCGGCUCCUCCUCAGCUUACGCAAGACUCCCUCCAACAACAGCCAACGUCACAGCAACAGCUAGAAGGGGCCAGCCCCAAAGUAAGCAUUUGCACCCGCUGUGACUAUUGUAGCACAGAUGGCUAUGGGGUGUCAGGUGGCAGAGGUGUUGUUGGUGGCACUAGCAGCCUUGCUGGCAUUGUUUCACUUUACAUGUCCACGAAGUCCCCGGGAGCGCCCGUCAGUAGCAGCAACACUAGCAGGUCCGGGCCUUGCUCUGUAGCCUCAUCUGUUCAUCAGUAUGAGCAUAACCUGAGUUGUGGCAGUGGAGGUGAAGUUUUUGAUCCCUUGCGCAGUCUUGGUUACAAACCUCAGCUUCAACCUUCUGUUGCUACCUCUCAGCCUCUUUCAUCACUCCCCUACCUCGCCUGCUGCUCGGGGCUUCACCACACCUACCCAGCAGUUCCUCUUCCAUGCAGUCAGCCUCGUGUGUUUCCCCCUUCAGCACCCCUGGCUUCCUCUCUCCCCUCUGUUUCUCUACCUGCUCCCUUGCAUGGCACUUGCGUGGCCACUUCUGGCUUUUACACCUGUGGUGUCGACUGCAGCCCAUCAACUGGAAGAUCCCAGAGAACUAUGCUCGGUGAUCACCCAACCACCACCACCAUUACUACUACAACCACCUCAGCACAUUUCUGCUCUAAUCCUGUACACCUAAAUGUAGAACGCACUGUUUGUGUAAAGGGGCCACACUACUGCCAGGAGUUCUUGUUUAAGCCUAUGAAUGGUCUGUCUUCAGAGUCAGACACGGUGUGGCCCAAUAUUCCUAUUCCUCAGACUGCUCCUAUACCUAUCCCCAUUUGUAAUGGCUGUGGCACAUCCUCUGAUAGUAUGGUACUCAUGCCAUCAACCAGCCUUGGCAAGACUGGCCAGAAGUAUGGUUCUCCAGAGACUAAUGGGCCUGAAAACAUCCCUCCAGUAGGUGUCUUCUGGGACAUUGAGAACUGCAGUGUGCCCAGUGGACGCUCUGCUGGCGCUGUGGUCCAGCGCAUUAGGAACCGUUUCUUCCAGGGCCACCGUGAGGCGGAAUUCAUUUGCGUUUGUGAUAUCAGCAAGGAGAGUAAAGCUGUCAUCCAAGAGCUCAACAACUGCCAGGUUACUGUUGCACAUAUCAAUGCCACAGCCAAGAAUGCUGCAGACGACAAGCUUCGCCAGAGCCUAAGGCGGUUUGCUGAGACCCACGCUGCACCUGCAACUGUUGUCCUUGUAUCCUCUGAUGUGAAUUUUGCAAGCGAGUUGAGUGACCUGCGUCAUCGCCAUGGUUUCCAAGUAAUCCUGGUCCAUGGCAACCAUACAUCUUCAGCCCUUCUUCAGCACGCCCACCUCCAUGUGGCCUUUGAGGAGAUCACCGCUGAUCUGCCACCACGCAUGCUCGUCAAAGCGCAGCCCAGUUUCAACCUCCUCUAUGUGCACAACCUCCCUCUCAACUGUGACAAGAGCCUACGGAAUGCGGUGAAGCUCAGGCUCCGCCGCCUCUCAGACAACUGUGGCGGCAAGGUGCUGGGCAUGUCUCAGGGCACUGCAGUCCUCCGCUUUGGCAGCCCCGAGGCAGCUGCCCGUGCCCGCAAGCGAAUGGAAAAUGAGGAUGUAUUUGGCCACCGAAUCAGCCUCUCGUUCUCCCAACGGCCCAGAUACAGUGCAAGUCCUGAGCCUGAGAUUGAGUCUCAGCCCCAUCACUUGCCUCUGACUCUGCCCCACACCUAUCAAACCCUGGACUCAAUGUUCGCCCCUCCCCCAUCCAUAUCCUCCUUCUCUUUUCUACCCCUGGAGAAGCCCAGGUCACCCAGGAGGCCACGGCGAGCCACCCGCCCAUGCCACACCCCUGGCCAAGUGCCUGAAAGGCCCUACAGCCCCAGGAGGGGGUGCAGUGGGUCUCCCGGUGGUGCUACAUCCAAGCCCCAUCAGGAGCUGGGUAGUUUGGAGGGCAAGCCCAGGAUGGGUUUCCACCACCUGGAGAAAGGGCGCGCGGCUUCCUCUUCUCCCCACAGCAAUAGUGAAACGGCACCACUGGAGCAGCUACCCAAGCCUGUCCUCAUUGGAGAAUCCAUAUACAGGAGGAGAAGAGAUGGCUCCAGUCCUCGAAAUGUGACUGAAUCCCCUCUACAACAAGUGGACCGGAGCUCAGCAGAGUUCCAGAUUAGCACACCAUCUGCCUUCAGCAAGUUGAACCUGCACAGGAGCUUCAGUCCACUCGUCAUCUCUCAAGGCUCCUGGUCGUCCAGGAGUGCCUCCCCGUGCAUGUCCAGCCGCUCGUCGCCUCUGCUUGCUACCCCUCGUAGCCCUUGUCCUGAAGGUCCUCCUGAGCCUUUCUCUGAGGGAGCCGAAGUCCAGGUGGCCAACCUGGACUACAGAAUGUCUCGCAAGGACCUGCAACAAACACUGCAUGACACCUUCUCUCGAUAUGGACGGGUGAGAGCGGUGGAGCUCAGCCCCCACACUGAUUAUCAGCUGAAGGCCACGAUUCAGAUGUUGUCUCUGCAGCAGGCCAUUAGUGCUGUCAGUGGUCUGCACCGUUACAAGAUCGGAGGCAAACGCGUUCAGGUGUCUUUGAUCACCGGUGGCAACAGCAAAUCUCUUACCUCGCUCAGCACUGAGAUCAUCUGCAUUCUCCAGGAUGCUCCUGCAAAUUGCCUUCCUCUAUUCAAGUUCACUGAAAUCUAUGAGAAAAAGUAUUCCCGUAAGCUUGUGGUUGGUGACCUAUACAGGCUGCCAGACUUGGUUGCAGUGCGGGAACAGGGAGGUUCAAGGCUUGUGUGCCUUCUCUCCAACAGCCAAAUACGUCAGGGUUCACUGGGAUCUUCUCAGUCCCAGGAGGGCUCCUCAGCAAGUGGAAGCCCUGUUGUCUUUGAGGAGCUGGAGUACCACGAACCUGUCUGCAGACAACACUAUGCACAACAGGACUUCAGUGAGGCCGACUUUGACCCAGACUCUUACAAAAUCCCGUUUGUUGUGAUGUCUCUGAGCACCCUAGCGUCUGAGGUUCACAGUCUGCUGCAGUCACAUGAGGGCACUCUUCCACUGCUCAGUUUUGCAGAUUGCUACGCAGCAAAAUUCAGCCCUCUGAACAUUGGCAAUGAGACACUGGAGGGCGGUGUUCCUCUGGAGCACCUCAUCACCUGUGUUCCCAGUAUCACUAUAGUCACAGCUCAGAACGGCUUCAAAGUCAUCAAGUGGACCCACAACAAACCCCCUGCACCAAACUCUGAGCCAUGGAUUCAGCGCUGCAAGAGUCCGGUUGGCAAUCCACAGCUCAUCCAGUUUAGCCGAGAGAUUAUUGACCUGUUAAAGAGUCAGCCAUCUUGCAUCAUGCCAAUCAGUAAAUUCAUACCCUCCUAUCACCAUCACUUUGCAAAGCAGUGCCGCGUGUCUGACUAUGGCUUCUCCAAACUACUGGAGCUUCUGGAGGCUGUACCUCAUGUCCUGCAGAUCUUGGGUGUGGGUACCAAGCGUUUACUGACUCUGACCCACCGAGCUCAAGUGAAACGCUUCACCCAAGACCUGCUUAAGCUGCUUAAAUUUCAAGCCAGCAAACAGGUGGCAAUCAAGGACUUCAUGCAGGCAUACCAUUGGUGUUUCUCCAGAGACUGGAGAGUCAUCGACUAUGGGAUAUGUGACUUGAUGGACCUUCUGACUGAGAUCCCUGACACUACCAUUACUAUCACACAACAGGCCACAGACACGGUCAUCUCUCUUCCUAAAAGGGAACGUACCGUUGAGGAAGUGGAGCGCACUAAACAGUUUGGGAAGGAGGUGGUGGACCUACUUCGUCACCAGCCUCACUGCCGAAUGCCCUUCAGUAAGUUCAUACCCACCUACCACCAUCACUUCGGCCGUCAGUGUAAGCUCAGCUACUAUGGAUUCACCAAGCUCAUGGAGCUCUUCGAGGCAAUCCCUGAUGUCCUGAUGGUGUUGGAGUGUGGUGAGGAGAAAGUGCUGACUCUAACUGAGGUCGAGCGUAUCAAGGCUCUAGCAGCACAGCUAGUCAAGCUGCUCAGGGCUCAGAAAAACUCCAGUCUUCCUGUCAGCCAGCUGCUAACAGAGUACAGCAAAACCUUUGGUUAUGGUCUACGCCUGCAAGACUAUGAUGCAAUCUCCCUGCCUGCUCUGCUCACCAAACUCUGCCAUGUUGUCAAGGUGGUGGAUGGCUCUGAGGGUCGGGAAGUGCAGUUGAUCAACAGGAAGUCUCUGCGCUUGCUGACCUCCCAGCUACUGGCUUUGCUCAUGUCCCAAGAGGAGCAAGAAGUCAUCAAGGGUCUGAAGGUGGCAGAGCUGGGCCAGCACUACCUCACAGUUCAAGGAUCCUUGCUGAACCCAUGUGAAUACGGUUUUCUCUCACUCAGCGAGUUACUGAAGAGCCUUCCAUACCUUGUGGAGUUGUACCGUGAAGAAGGUGAUGAAGAAAGUAAAGCUAGCGACCCCUCCAGUAGUCAUGGGGAGGAGUGGGUGAGGCUGACCAGGCUUUACCAGUUCGCUCGUAACGUACGUGCGCUGCUCCACACCUACCAUUACAACCAGAUCUUCCUGACCGAGUUCCAGGGGGCUUACAACAAAUUUACAGGCUGUAGCCUUGAACCACGGUCGUACGGAUACACCAGCACAGAUGAGCUGCUCAGCGCCAUUCCACAGGUGGUCUGGAUCAAAGGACACGGUCAUAAGAGGAUUAUCGUUUUGAAGAAUGAUAUGAAAGCAAGAGCAAGCUAUUCAGCACCAAACAGCCCUCAGCCAAGCGAGAACACGGAGAGUCCAAGAGACAGUCCAGUUAGUAAUGUUACAUCUGGAACACAGAGUCCAUGUGUUGAGACUGAGUCAGAGCUGUUGUGUCUGGCGUCCCCAGUGGACCUGCUGUGUGGCCCCGUGCCAUCCUGCCUCCCAUCUCCUCAGCUCCACCCCGACCCUGUUGGCCUCCAGCAGACAGACCUGAUCCACUUUGAAGAGGGAGCUCAACCACCAACAGACGGUGAUGAACCUGCACCGGCAGCUGUGGACGGCACAUCUGAUCCACCCGAGGAGGCUGGCUGCUCAGAUGACUCUGCAGUCUCCAGACCUCCACCCCCGGCCCCUGACACGAAGACCCCUUCGUCCACGGACAGUCCCAGCAAAAGAGCUGCACGCAGCAAAAUCAAACUGGCUGCCAACUUCUCCUUUGCAGUAGGCCUCUGAUCGUCUCGUGCAUAACCACCCAGUGUGUCUCGCACACACAAUACUGGUUCACAUAUAGUGUAACUCUACACAGAAGAGUUGACCGGCUACACAGAAAUGAGCCCAGAAGAGCAUCGGUGUUGUCCCCUCUAUUUCUAACAGGCUGUUGCAUUCUUCUGCUUUGUUCUUCAUCGCUCCUCAGCCAACCUUCUUCUCUUGUCUUUGUUUGGUCUUUGGUUGAUGUCCACUAAGCUGUGAUUUCAUUCUUGCAGAUUUUCUGCAAUUCUUUGAUUUGCCAAAUUCAUCUACUGUAAAUUCUGUUUGAUUUAACCCCAAUGGCAGUUCAUCUAUUUUCCUGUGAAUGUGCAUCUUUAGUUUAGGGCUGUGUUGUGGCAAAGAACUCGCUGGCUUAAAAUGAAACUGAGUUAGUUGUCACUGUAAACGGAGUAUGAGUUACCAGUGGGAGGAAUGCUAGGAGUGAGAAGCUUGGUUUUCAGUGUUGAAUCCAAGAAAUAUAUUUACCCCUUCUCCCAGUUAAGAAAACUGACAGAUAACUGAAGGUUCAUGGAAACAUUUUGUUCUUGAAACACACUGAGAAACCUUCAAAAUGACUCCCUCCCCGUGAGACAGAACAUUUCAUUGAAAACAUUAAUUCAUUUUUUAAAUAGUUUCAACAGUUUGGGGGAUUUUUCUUUGUUGGUAACCCCAGAUAAGUCGACUAAACUAACUGCUAGGUGUCUGUUUCAGUCUUUAAGAUUUCUAAAGCGAUAGCUCCUCUUUGAGAUACCCUCUCCUGUUUUGUCUCUGUUGUAAAGUAGCCUGAGGAUAGUGUUUUCAGUUCCGUUUCCUCUUUCCUCGGAGGAGUUUGGCCUCUAUGUGUAGUGUACUGAUUGGCCUGAAGAGAAACGGUCUUACCUGUUCAGAUAGUGUUUUCUUUUAAUGGAAGCUCUUUGAACAGUUUAAAGUUUUAGGACAAUAAUUGCAACAAUCGCUGCUCUCAGGAAGUUUUAUAGUAGUAUCUUGACUUCAUUCAUAGCAGAGACCGUGGCUCGUCUCUCCAAGGCCACCGAUGAAGGCCUGAAAGGAAAUGGGUGGUCGUGUUUGUGCUCGAGCAGCAGGAGCCGACGUACACUUUUGUCUUCAGCCAGCAGCCGUGUUUGUUCUUUUAGUUGUGUUUUGUCUGUGUGUGGUUUACACUGGAACAGGUGGUGUGAAAUGUGUGUGAUGUGCAUAACAGAGUUUAUGCAUGGUGUAAUCCCAGGAGGAGCAGACAGGAACAGAAAGCAAGACAUUCUCCGAGAUCGGUCUUUAUUUCCAUCAUGCGUUAUGGGUCUCAGGUUUGGCGUCUCCCUUGCAGUUGCCGUGAAAGUGCUCAAGGUUUGUUGAGUUAACCUUGCUGCUGGUAGGCACUGUGUCGGUGGCGGCGUCACUGUCUGAGUGGAAGAGUUUGGGGGGGGGGGCAGCGAGCACUCCGGAGUUUUUGAUUUUUAAUGACGGCGAAUUGUGAGUUUUUUAGGGGAAGAGAUGGGAUGGGAGGCGACGGAUGAGAAGUUUGUGGAGCAGCGCGGGAGCUGUGAGAAGCCCCUGAACAGACUGACGUAGACAGAGGACCUUCAUGGGCUCUCUGGAAUCUGCCGGGCUUUUACAAUGGCUUGUAUUUGCCUUGGUGCUGAAAUAAAAUGCCGUCAUACCUCCCCUAGGGCAAUUUUAACUUGAUAAUGUGUGUUGGUUUCUCAACUUUCCUUUUGUCUCGAGUGUUUGCUCGGCUGCUGGCUUCUAAAUCGCCACCGAAUGAUGUCGGCUGCCUGUUGAGUUUGGCACGACCCGGGUGCUGCUGAAGUCAAAGGUUUGGUGUUGUGUUCAGAGAAAAGGCCCGUUUGUUUGUUUGCACUUUCAACCUAUUUAUUCAGCGUUCAAAGUAUUAUAACACGAUUUUCUUUGUCAGACUUGAUAACGACGUGGUGUGAAGAUUCCACCUGCCAUCUCGCCAAAAUAUCUGACACGUAUCACCGUGUUUUUAAUUAGGGCUGUUAAGACUGAUCUCUCGGCAACGUUUUACUGACUGGAAACCAUUUUGAUGAAGGAAUUAUCGGUUCAGAAUAAUUAUUUAGUAAUGGCAACGAUAUUAAAUGGCUAAAAAUGCUGAGAAAUGUUUAAAUUUAAAUUAAAUUUGAUUAAAUGUAUUUGAGCAACUCCUCUGAGGUGACCCCAGUGACGACUAACUCAGAUUUUAUUUUGUUCUCGCCUUGCUGUGCUGGUUAUGUCGGUGAUAAGCUAUUGUACCUGUCAAAAUAUGCACAUCUGCAUAGUUUUGGUUCUUGAAAUGCAUAUGUGAGAAUGAAGGGGUUAAGACAUUUUUCUUUUCUCUGCCUCUGUACCCGACUUGUCUUGUUCAGUUUUCACGUUGCACUUUUGUUCCUCAGCAGAAUUUAAGGAACUUUGUUUAUUCAACAGUGUCCUUGCAAUUAUGUCUUGUUUACCUGCUCAAAAAGUGUCUCACUGAUGUGUCCUCUGUAUAUUAACCUUUUGUCGUACUGUUUUACUGCCUUUCUGCAGCAGAAGUCAAUGUAACAGUCAAACAUUGUUGAAGGGACCAAAAAGAUUUCCAUCAAUAAAUUUCACAAGCAUCA